AUGUUGUACUUCCAGUUGGUGAUCAUGGCCGGGACCGUCAUGCUGGCCUACUACUUUGAGUGCACCGAUACCUUCGGGGUGCGCGUGCGGGGAUUCUUUUGCUACGACACGACCUACACCAAGCCCUACCUCGGACCGGAGGAGCGCAGCGCCGUCCCGCCCGUCCUGCUAUACGCCGUGGUGGCGGUGCUGCCCACGCUGCUGAUCGCAGCAACCGAGGCGGUGCUGUUCCUGCUCCAGUACACCUCCAAAGAGUUUGACCGAUCGGAGAAGACGGUUGCCACGGGAGACUGCUGCUAUCUCAACCCACUGGUGCGCAGGACGUUCCGUUUCCUCGGAGUUUACAGCUUCGGUCUCUUCGCCGUUGACAUCUUUGCCAACGCGGGCCAGGUGGCGACGGGGAACCUGGCACCAUAUUUCACGAGCGUCUGUAAGCCGAACUACACAGCGCUGGGCUGCCGCGGGGCCCCGCGCUACAUCGGCCGGCGGGAAGCCUGCACGGGAGACCGGGAGGACGUCCUGCGCGCCCGCAAAACCUUCCCGUCCAAGGAGGCUGCCCUCAGCGCUUAUGCGGCGCUCUACCUGGCCAUGUACGUGACGUGCGCGGUGCGGGUGGAGGGCAGCCGCCUGGCCAAGGCCGUCCUGUCGCUGGCCCCGCUGUGUCCGGCUUUCCUCACGGGACUGAAUCGCAUCGCCGAAUACCGCAACCACUGGGCCGACGUCAUCGCGGGCUUCGUGAUCGGCGCUGCCGUCGCCACCUUCUUGGUGGUGUGCGUGGUCCACUAUUUCCAAGGAAAGUUGCUGCUGAACGACGACGUCCCGACGCGGCCCCACGCGGCACUUGCGGGCAAGGGCCGGCUGGGCGGAGAGUCCUCUGGACAAGUACAUGGCCUCGCAGAAUCACAUCGCCUUUGCUGAGGUCACAUGACACGGAGCCGGACCGCGCCGCUUUUCGCCAAGCCAUCCGGCUAGCCCAAAAAGCCGCUGCUCUCCUCCUCUCCGUCUUCGUCUUCUCCCUCCUGUUUUCACAUAGCCAUCGAUCCAUAUGAAGCGUACAUCUCAAGAAGGAAAAAAGAAAGUUGCAGUUCCUACCUUUCCAAUGCGCACCGAGCCCUGUUGAAAGUAGGCCAACCACGACCUCCGACCCCGUCCUUUCCAAAUGAAGCUCUUCACUUGAACGGAGCGCCAAAGCCUCCAAGCCCCUUCUCCGUCGCCCAACGGCCAAAAGGAAGCGGAAGAGUGCGUCGCUCAAGGGCGGCUUCCGGGGCGCUCCGAACUAAACGUUCCCAUUUUCAUCUCGUCACCGCGGCUUCAGGCCUUCGCGGACACGCAACGCGGACUCGGACUGACGCCACCCGCCCGCGAUCGUGUCGCGUUAUGACCGUCGGCGAACGAGUCUCCGUUUUGCACGGCUUGGCGUCGAGACCGCGAUUUCUCGGAGGACUCGACGGUCUUUCCCGGGAAAAGACGGCCCGUGUCCAAGACGCUUUGCACUGUGAGGAGCAAACGUUCGCGAUCUCAGGAAACCCAAGUCGCCGCCCACCCAAAAUGUUGCUUCGCGAUCAUUCGUGAGAAGCCAACCAGCGCGACGAUCGCUUCCUCCAUUUUCAGGUGACUCCGACGAUCACCGGCGAUGCACGUGGAUCGAUGAUUUCAGUCGUACGGUCUAUAUAGCCCAAGCUCGAAAGCGCUUUUGAAAGCCGAGCGAAUGGCCAGAAGCGCGCGCCUUCUCCAAACGCGUCUUGGACGGACUCGGCGGCGGCUCGCGAUGCUCGACGUCCGUUCAAGUGCCGCGCUCCGCGUGCAUCUUCUCCUCUUGGCUCAGCGUUUGUUUGCCCAAAAGGGAGCCUCCUUUGCAUGGACCUUGUUCCCCCUAGUGAGCCGCGCUCUCGCGCCUGUGUUGUGUGCGUUUGUCCUUUCAAAAACUGGAUGGGAAACCCGGAGUGAAUAAAAGCAAAAGGCUUCAAGCAAUCUAAA